AUGCUGAAGUCUUUAGAAGCGUCGAGAAUUGUUGCCUUCGACACGGAGACGACAUCGCAGACGGCGAUGCUUGCGGAGCUUGUGGGGCUGUCGUUCUCGAAUGAAGAGGGCAAGGGGUGGUAUGUGCCGGUCGGCAUGAAGAUGGCAGCAACUUAUAGAGACUAUGUGCUAGAGCGACUGCGACCGCUGCUGGAGUCGGGCAAGGCGGGUCUGGCGGCAGAUGAUAAAAGAUAUGCGCUUGCAGCACAUAAUGCCAACUACGAUAUGACGGUGCUGGCGAACUACGGCAUCAAUGUGGACGGAUUGCGUUCGACACGAUGA